AUGACCUCAAAGAACGUUUUCAUCACUGGUACUACCGGUUUCAUCGGCGGCGAUGCAUUUUAUGCGUUGACAAAGGCUCAGCCAAGCUGGAACUACACGAUUCUCGUCAGAAGUGAAGAAAAGGGAAAGGAUGUCCAGAAACAAUAUCCUGAUGUGAAGCUGGCCAUUGGAUCACUUGAUGACUCCGAGGUUAUCAAGAAGGCUGCUUCAGAAGCUGAUAUUGUUAUUCAUACUGCUGACAGCUCCGAUCAUGCUGGAGCAGCACGCGCUAUCGGAGCCGGCUUACAGUCUACACGCUCUGCAUCGAACCCUGGUUAUUGGAUUCAUAUCAGCGGUACGGGAAUUCUCUGCUGGUAUGACCAAGACAACAAGCGCUACGGUGAAGCACCCCUUCCUGAGCAAUCAUACGAUGACUUGGAGGGUGUGGACAAGGUCACGUCUCUGCCUGAUACUGCCUUCCAUCGUGAUGUCGACAAGAUCGUCCUAGAAGAGGCCGCGAAGAACCCUGAUGCUGUCAAGGUUGCUAUUGUGUGUCCUCCUACAAUCUACGGAACAGGCAGAGGACCUACCAACCAGCGUAGUCGACAAAUCCCAGGCUUGGCUGAGACUACACUAGAGAAAGGGUUUGGACCUAUCAUUGGCGCUGGAAAGACAGAAUGGGACAAUGUCCACGUCCACGACCUAUCCACCCUAAUCGUCCUCCUUUCUCAGCGCGCAGCAUCUUCCGACAACCAAAACGAACAGGAGAUCUGGGGUCCAAAGGGUUACUUCUUCGCUGAGAACGGUACACACAAGUGGAGCGCCAUUUCCACUCUUCUUGCUAAGGAGGCUAAGAAGCAGGGUCUAAUUAAUAGUGAUGAGACAAAGGUGCUUGAUGUGGAUGAGGCGCAGGAGAAACUUGGAUUUCAGGCUCUUUCGUGGGGAUUGAAUAGUCGUGGUGAUGCAAAGAGGGCGAGGAAGUACUUGGGUUGGAAGCCGGAGAGUCCUAGUUUGGAGGAGUGGUUACCUGAGGCGAUCCAGGUUGAGGCGAGGCGACUCAAGAUGAUCUAA